UUUCCAGAGACAGGGGUGGGUCCAGGUGCGCCCAAGGAGGAGGACGGCUGCUCAGGUGCAUCCUCCCUGCGCCUGCGCUCUACGCGCCCCGCCUCGCCAGGUGCGCCCCGCCCCCUCCCUGACCCUCCACCUUCCGUAGCUGCUUCGAGGCGGCCGCCAUUGCCUCCAGCGCCCACCGAGCGUUUGGGGGUGUGGUGGGGUCUUGAAGUGGGGGGUAAGGUCGGGGGCGAGCGAGGAGCGGACUGAAGCAUCGUGGGCACCGGAGGCAGUGUCCGCACACCGAAGGCCCGAGAAAGGGGCUUCCUAGAAACUUCCUGGGUGGCGAGGGCCAGCGCAGCACCCCGCGGACCUUCUGCGAGCUGCCGCAGCUGGACGCGAGGCGCUCCCGUGCGCGUGCGCGGCAAGGGUCUUCCCGCACCUGACCGCGAGACCCCAACGGCCGGCGGUUCGAGGCCUCCCCUGGGCAGCCGGGUGGAGCCCGUCAUGGCGCAGCUGUGCGGGCCGAGCUGGUGCGGGGCGCUCCUCGCUCUGCUGGCACUGCUGCUCCUCGGCGGGGCCAAGGAGGCCAACGGAGAUCGUGGCGUCCACGAUUUUUGCCAAGUUCCAAAGGUGGUGGGAAGAUGCCGAGCGUCCAUCCCUAGGUGGUGGUACAAUGUCACUGGUGGAUCCUGUCAGCAGUUUGUGUAUGGAGGCUGUGAAGGGAAUGACAAUAAUUACAUGACUAAGGAGGAAUGUCUUGCAAAGUGUGCUGGUGUCACAGAGAGUACCAUCAAUGAUCUGGCCACCAGCAGGAAUGGAGCAGAUUCCUCUGUUCCAAGUGUCCCCAGAAGGCAGGAUUCUGAUGACCUCACCGAUGAUAUUAUCAACUAUGAAGAAUACUGCACUGCCAAGGCUGUCACAGGGCCUUGCCGCGCAGCCUUCCCCCGCUGGUACUUUAAUGCCGAGAAGAACUCUUGUGAUAAGUUCAUCUACGGAGGAUGCCGGGGCAAUAAAAACAGCUACCACUCCAAGGAGGAGUGUAUGCAGCGCUGCUUCGGCAAGCAGUUGUAUCCUGCCCUGCCCCGCGGCACUAAAGUGGUGGUCCUGGCAGGGCUGUUCGUGAUGGUCCUGGUCCUCUUGCUGGGCGCCUCCGUGGUCUGCCUGAUCAGGGUGGCCAGAAGAAACCAGGAGCGCGCCCUCCACACCGUCUGGAGCACUGCGGACGACAAAGAGCACCUGGUGAAGAGCACUUACGUGCUGUGAACGCCGCAUCACCAAGGGGGUGCCCGCCCCCACCUUCUGUUGCUGGAAAGAAUCUGGGAAGGGAGGGAAGAUGCGUGGCAAACAUGUGCGCGCCUUUUCAAAUAGAGUGAUUGAUUUGUAUCUGUGUGAUCAUUAGGGUGUCGGGUCUGAUUGUCACUCCAGAAGGUAAGAAGGCUGCUCCCUGGUCUCCCGGGUGGGCUUGCUCUGGAAAUCCUCUUAGAAAAGAGCUGGGCACAUUGCAGAUGGUCUGACCCUAGACUGGAGUUGGUUCCUCUUCAAUUUAUUCCUAUGCUCAGUGUAGAAUUUUCUUUGCUUAUGUUGAAUCCAAUUACCUCCUCUCCCAUCACCAAAGUGAUAUCUUCGCAGUUUCCUUUGUUUUGGGUGUUUUUUUUUAAAUAAGUGGAAACAUAAGGUUUUUUUAAAAUUAGGAUUCUGAAAGGAAGAAAGUAAAAUGUACAAGUUUAAUAAAAAAAAAAGGGGGGGACUUCCCUUUUAAAAUAAAUUUCAGCAUGUGCUUUCUUCUU